UCUACCAGCGAUACAACGGAGGCAGCUGAUGAAGACAAUGAUUAAAUUAUAAUAAAAAUCAAAAAAAAUCUUCAAAGAAGCUGGAUUUGUAAAAUAUCGUUGUGUGCGUGAGGAGCGUCACUCUGCUGCAGACCGCCACCGCCCGACGCCGUCCGGCCCAAAUCGGGAGAGACCAUGUCCGGGACCUACGACGAGUCGGCCAGCCAGGAGGAGACCACGGACAGUUUCUGGGAGGUCGGGAACUACAAACGUACGGUGAAGCGGAUCGACGACGGUCACCGGCUCUGCAAUGACCUGAUGAACUGCAUCCAGGAGCGUGCCAAAAUCGAGAAAGCCUACUCGCAGCAGCUGACGGACUGGUCCAAGAGGUGGAGGCAGCUGGUAGACAAAGGGCCUCAGUACGGCACAGUGGAGCGAGCCUGGAUGGGGGUGAUGACGGAGGCGGAGAAGGUGAGCGAGCUUCACCAGGAAGUGAAGAACAACCUGAUCAACGAGGACUUUGAGAAGGUGAAGAACUGGCAGAAAGACUUGUACCACAAACAGAUGAUGGGAGGAUUCAAGGAAACCAAAGAGACGGACGAGGGCUUCAAGAAGGCCCAGAAGCCGUGGGCCAAAAAGCUGAAAGAGCUCGAGGCUGCCAAGAAGUCCUACCACAUGGCCUGCAAAGAGGAGAAGCUGGCGUCCACCCGAGAGGCCAACGCUCGGGAAGAGGCCUCGGUGACCGCCGACCAGCUGAAGAAACUCCACGAGAAAGUGGACAAAUGCAAGCAGGACUCCCAGAAGGCGAAGGAGAAGUACGAGAAGGCUCUGGACGAGCUGAGUAAGUGCACUCCGCAGUACAUGGAGAACAUGGAGCAGGUGUUCGAUCAGUGCCAGCAGUUUGAAGAGAAGCGGCUGAGCUUCCUCAGGGAGGUGCUGCUGGACGUCAAACGCCACCUCAACCUCACGGAGGACCAAAGCUAUGCUACAGUGUACAGAGAACUUGAACGCACCAUCACGUCGUCCAGCCCGCAGGAAGAUCUGCAGUGGUUCAGCAACACCCACGGCCCCGGCAUGCAUAUGAACUGGCCACAGUUUGAGGAAUACAACCCGGAGCUCACCCACAACAUCUCAAAGAAAGAGAAGUCAAAGAAAGGCGCCGAUGGAGUCAUGCUGACUAACAUCACAACCGCGGUGGACCAAGCUCAGGCUGGAGACCGGGGAAGUGUCGGCAGCUACGAGAAGGGCCAGGCGUUCAUGGCCUCCACGGAGUGGUCGGACGAGGACCAGGCGGCGCCCGACGAGGACCAGGCGGCUCCGGACUCGGACCAGACGGCGCCGGACUCUGCGAACGACACCAACGGCGGCACCAACCCCUUCGACGAGGAGGCGCUGAAGGGCGUGAGAGUGAGAGCGCUGUACGACUACGAAGGCCAGGAGCAGGACGAGCUCAGCUUCAGAGCCGGGGACGAGCUGUUGAAGCUGGAGGACGAAGACGAGCAGGGCUGGUGUAAAGGUCGCCUAGACAACGGGAAGCUGGGUCUUUACCCGGCCAAUUACGUGGAGCCGAUGUAGCCGACGCUCCGGCUGAGGACGCCGGUGUCAUCGCGGUGGGGGAAGAAAAAAAAAACGACAACAAAAAACCCCGACUGAACCGUCCAGUCAUAACUGCACAUUGCCAGAGACUUGAAAGCAAAGCUGCCUCUUCCCGUCGGGCACGGUGAUCUGUCUUCAUCUCGGCACACAUCAGAGAAAACUUUACUGAAACGAGAUCAUCAUCAUCAUCAUCAUCAUCAAAAACACUGCAACUGAAGGAAAACAAAACAUAUUUCAGUGUCUUUGGUGUCCUCAUCGUAAUGACAUGCGGGAAUGAGCUAAGCAGUGUGCAUUUCAUGUAUAUAUUUUAAUCUUUUUUUUUUUUUACAGUCUGGGUACUUGUUCAGUUUUUGUUUUUCCUCAUUGAAUACAGUGUUUUCUCUGUAAAAACAAACAACUGUGUACAUGUUUAUCAUGAGAGGGAUAGUGUUGGGAAAUGUGCUUCUUCGCGUUCUCCCUGAGAGACGAUGUGAAGACGGAUUAUCGCUCUCGUGUGUGUGUGUGUGUGUGUACAGUAAAUAUGACGCCAGGAGCUGGUUAGCUUAGCAUCAACACGGGCAGGAAGAGGAAACGGCGAGCCUGACUCGUGGAAAAUAACAACAAUCUGCCCGCUCUGAAGCUCACUUGUUAGAUCUUCCAUGUUGAUCCAAAGAGGGAGGAGGGAUGGCGGUUUUUGCAGCCAUUGUUAUUGUUGGCAAAGAGCCAAGAAAGGAGUACAGCACAAACCCCAACAAUACAACUUGUUUUUCUUUGAACCAAUGAAAAUAAACAAGAUACAAGUU